AUGGUGCCAAACGGUUGCAAAUGCUCCCCUGAGAGGUUUGGCGGUCGAAACAGAAGGCUUUUAUCACAGGACAAGAAAUCAGCCUUCGACAACUUCACCGGCAGAAAAAGAUUUUUUUUGAAAAAAAUCCCUAAGCCCCGGGGUCACAAUUUCAGCAAAAAUCUGACUUUCGGCAAUUCACUCAAAAAUGGUACCUACGGUUACAAAUGCUCCCCUGAGAGGUUUGGCGGUCGAAACAGAAGGCUUUUUAUCACAGGAAAAGAAAUCAUCCCUCGACAACUUAACCGGCAGAAAAAGAUUUUUGAAAAAAUCCCUAAGCCCCGGGGUCACAAUUUCAUCAAAAAUCUGACUUUCGGCAAUUCACUCAAAAAUGGUGCCAAACGGUUGCAAAUGCUCCCCUGA